GCCCGGGCCCCGGGGCCGAGGCGGAGGCGGGAUCGCUCGCGGUGCGGGCGCGGCGGCGCCGAUGCCGCUGCCGGCCGGAGCUCUGCCUCGGGUGGUGGUAGUGCUCUCGUUCUCCGUCCUGCUGAGGGCCCGGGGCGCUGCCCAGCGCCGCCCCGCCCACAGUAAUUUAUCUGCAAGCUGUUGGUCCCGUCUUCAUCCUGUAAACAUGUUCAACAGUUAUAAUGUGAAGUUCCACCACAGAAAAGCUCUCACCUCCCCAUAUCCAGGAUCACACAUUGAGCGUAGCCAAGUUCCUGAAGAUAAAGUGGGCUGGCUGACUGAAUGGGAAGAUUAUAAUCCUGUGGAGUACACUGCAAAGUCUGUUUUGGCCAGACCCAAUUGGGCAGAUCCCCAAAUCAAUGAUGAAGGUUUUUCUCCCAAAUUCAAUGAGAGAGAUGGAGAAGUGGAGAGGAAGAGUCUGAAUGGUUUGUAUGUGGUCGAAAAUGGGAGACCCCGCAAUCCAGUGGGAAGGACUGGCCUCACUGGCCGAGGAUUGUUAGGGCGCUGGGGACCAAACCACGCUGCUGAUCCUAUUGUUACCAGGUGGAAAAGGGAUGGAAGUGGCAAUAAAGUUGUUCAUCCAGUUUCUGGCAAGAACAUCUUGCAGUUUGUCGCCAUCAAGAGGAGAGACUGUGGGGAGUGGGCCAUUCCAGGGGGAAUGGUGGACCCAGGGGAAAAGAUCACUGCUACUUUGAAGAGAGAAUUUGAGGAGGAGGCCUUGAACUCUCUGCAGAAAUCCCCUGAGGAGAAAGCAAAAUUGGAGAAGCAGCUCCAGAAGCUGUUCAGCCAGGAACACUUUGUGGUGUACAGAGGAUAUGUGGAUGACCCUCGUAACACUGAUAAUGCCUGGAUGGAGACAGAGGCUGUGAACUAUCAUGAUGAAACAGGUGAGACAAUGGAUAACUUGCCUCUGGAAGCAGGUGAUGAUGCUGGAGUGGUGAAGUGGGUUGACAUCAGUGAGAAGCUUGAGCUGUAUGCGAGUCACAGCUACUUCAUCAAGCUGGUGACUGAGAAACGGGGAGCCCACUGGAGUGAGGAUCCUGGCUCUGAGUGCCACAAGUGAUGGAAACUGGGAACUGACAGACUCUGAGAGGAGAAUAUGUUUUCCAGCCUUGAAACAGAUGUCCUUGUCAUCCUCAGUGAAAAUUCUGUGAAAUUCAGCUGGGAGAAACACCGGACAGUGAUAAACAGAGGCUUUUUCAGAGACUUCAGAUUGCUUCUUUUGAUUUCUUAGCUAGUGUGAAAUGAGAAGAAUGUGGAGCUCUUGCUUUGCUUUCUUGGCUUCAUUAUUUGCGGCUGUUUCAUAAUGUCUGCAGAUCUGCAUGGCAGCACUGGCAUUCUGACUGGUGGUAGUUCACAGGCUCUUUAUUUUUGCAAUGAUUCCUUUCCAGGAAUAUGAAUCCCUCAGGAAUGAGAGACUUGUAGGAUAACCUGAAUAAUGACUUAAGUGCUGCAUAAUAAAGUGAAAUUUCUUUUCUGAGUCA